ACAAAAAGUAGUCUUUGAGAAUGUCUAAGUAUAAAUCCAAAUCCACAACUCGAUAAAAAUAAGUAUUUAUGUCUAAAAUCACUAGAUAAUUUAUAAGCCAUUUUAUAUAGAACUAUAUAGGAAUCUAGUCCUUACAACAUGGCAUUACAAAAGUUUUUCUUUUUUUACUUCGACCAGAUGUCACUAAUCUACCUUCAAAAAAUUUGAUUUUAAAUGCCAUGUCUCUGUUUUAACAUGGAACACUGCUUUAAUCGAAAAAAUAAAAAAUAAAAAAAAUAGAAAAAAAUUGUGUAUUAUUUUCAAUGGGGAAAAAUAGCUAAUAAAAAUUGUAUAAAUAUUGCAUAAUAUCAUUUUUAUCAUUUUUGCAUAAUAUCAAUUUUUGACCGUGAAGAAGCCAAUUACUCCUAAACGAAGAGGACCAGAGCUCGUUAAGGGGAAUCUAAAACUGUUAAAAUUCCUCAUGAUUCCCUUCUGUAGUCAUAACGGCGAGUUGUACGAUUCGGUCGGAAGGUGGCGCUGUUGUUCAUAAAGUGUCUCACUCCAGUCUUUCGCUAUCAUUCUGCUGAUUUGCUGGACCCAGCGCUGGCUGGACACGCUGAAUGUAAAUCUGGCCGCAAACAGCGUCUCUCUCUCUUUCUCUGUAUGGCUGUGAAUCCAGCGAGGUGAGCUUGGCACAGGAGGAGGACUGUCUGGGUUUGAGCUCAGUUUGCAGACACAUCGCGAGGGAGCCGUGCUGGAAUAUAUUCAGGGGUGAAGAACCGAAGGAGAAAGGGCGAAACCCUCAUACAUCCUGAGCUUUUCUUCUGUCUCUAUCUCUCUUUCUCUCUCUCUCUCUGGACACAGACUUGGGCAAAAUGGUUUUUCCGAAAUCUCAGUGACUGCGAUGUCAGCAUCUCUCAUCUACCGCUUGUGGAACACAGACUGAAGAAAUACACUGAGGAGCAAAAAGAAAACACGUUUUUCGGGUCAGGUGUUUUUCUCUCUGGAGAGCAGCCGUUCAUCCACGGCGCACUGGAUUCAAGUAACACUCGCCCCUGGCAGCUGAAGAUGACGUUACUAUGGAAACAGUUUUUGCUGCUAUCAAUCAUGGAGUAUCUUGCAGAGUGUCUGGAUUAUAAGUCUUUUAAUGGCCCGAAAUGGCGAAUGGAGCCCAGUGACCUGACAGUGGGCUCACUGGAGGAAGAGGCUACACUGACCUGUGAUGCAAAGGGCAUUCCUCCCCCUCAGUACAGGUGGUCUCUGAACGGCACAUUGAUUAAUCUCAGUACUGAUUCCCGUCGGCGGCUAUCCGGGGGGAAUUUGGUCAUUAGGAGUCUGGACCGGGCCCAGGAUGGAGGAAUAUACCAGUGCACUGCCUUCAACCCAGAGGGAGCAAUUCUUAGCAGAAGAGCUAGCCUCCAGUUUGCAUACUUGAAUUUAAAAACUCAAACAAAAAGCGCUGUCUCUGUGCGAGAAGGCCAGGGGGUAGUUUUACUUUGUGGUACACCAUCAUAUGCUGGAGAUCUCUCAUUUGCAUGGGUCUUCAACGAGUACCCUUACUUUGUUCAGCAAGACAAUCGUCGCUUUGUCUCUCAGGAGACUGGAAACCUUUACAUCGCCAAAGUGGAGCCUUCGGAUGUGGGUAACUACACGUGCGUGGUGGUAAACCGCAUCACUAAAGGCAAAGUCCUCAGCUCCCCGACCCCUCUGGUACUACGAACGGAUGGCGUAAUGGGCGAAUAUGAGCCGAAAAUAGAGGUUCAUUUCUCUGACAUGGUUCCGGCUGCAAAGGGAUCAGUUGUGACACUGGAGUGUUUUGCUUUGGGGAACCCAGUUCCAGAGAUAACGUGGAGGAGAGCAAAUGGAGUGCCGUUUCCCAGCAAGGUGAAGAUGAAGAACUCAAAUGUAGUACUGGAGAUUCCCAGUUUCCAGCAGGAGGACGCCGGAGGCUAUGAAUGUGUGGCAGAGAAUAAGAUGGGAAAGAACACUGUGCAAGGACGACUGUCUUUCCACGCAAAACCUCAGUGGGUUCAGACGAUGCGAGACAACGCUUUGUCAAUUGAAGAGAGAUUGUUUUGGGAGUGUAAGGCCAAUGGCAAGCCCAAGCCUUCAUACAGCUGGCUGAAGAAUGGAGAACUGCUGGCAGCCGAGGACAGGAUACAGAUAGAGAACGGAGCCCUGACAAUCAGCUCUGUAAACCUCUCAGAUGCUGGCAUGUAUCAGUGUGUCGCUGAGAACAAACAUGGAAUCAUUUAUUUUGGUGCUGAGCUGGUGGUGUUAGCCUCGCCCCCAGACUUUUCCAGAAGCCCUCUCAGAGCUCUGCUUAAAGCCAAGACAGGCAGCACAGUCACCAUGGAGUGCAGGCCGCAGGCCUUUCCCACAGCUGUCAGCCUGUGGAGGAAAGGCAACGAACCGCUGCAGAGCACUGAGAGGAUAACUUUUCUCCCUGAUGGAACACUUAGAAUUACAAAUGUGACCAAGAUGGACGGGGGAAACUAUGCAUGCUUGGCUAGAAACCAGUUUGGUGCAGCCAGCACUACAGGAAGACUGCUGGUCACAGAUCCCACACAAAUCACCCAGGGUCCAGUGGACAUGGAGAUCAUCGUCGGGGAGAGCAUUGUACUGCCCUGCCAGAUCUCCUGUGACCCUGCUCUGGAUGUUUCAUUCUCCUGGGCCUUCAAUGGGCAGCUUCUCAAUAAACUGGACCAACAUUAUGAGCAUGUGGGUGGGAUUACAUCUGGAGAUUUGAUGAUACGGAAUAUACAGCUGAAACAUGCCGGAAAAUACGUCUGUGUGGUCGACACGGAUGUCGAGAGUUUAUCGGCUGCAGCUAUUUUAAUCGUGAAAGGUCCCCCAGGAGCUCCAGAUGGUGUAACAGUGGAGGAGAUCACGGACAGCACGGCUCAGCUUUCUUGGAGACCCGGCCAGGAUAAUGGCAGCCCCAUCACAAGCUAUAUCAUCCAGGCCAAGACAGCUUUCACAGUGGGCUGGCAAGCGGUGAACACGGUUCCGGAGGUGAUUGAUGGCAACACUUUGACGGCAACGGUGGUGGAUCUGAACGCAUGGGUGGAGUACGAAUUCAGAGUGCUGGCCAGAAACAGCGUCGGCGUGGGGGAACCGAGUCCUGCAUCUCUUAAAACAAGAACUGAAGAUGCAGUUCCUGACACGGCCCCAACCGAUGUCGGAGGUGGGGGUGGUUCCAAGUCAGAGUUGGUAAUAACAUGGGAGCCUGUGCCUGAAGACCUACAAAAUGGAGAUGGUUUUGGCUACAUCAUCGCUUUCCGGCCACUGGGGGAAGUCAACUGGACGCACGCCGUCACGUCCGUACCGGCUCAGUCCCGUUACGUGUACCGGAAUGAGAGCAUCCUGCCCUUUUCUCCAUUUAGCGUCAAAGUGGGUGCCUACAACACCAAAGGCCAAGGACCUUUCAGCCCCGUUACCAUUGUGUUCUCAGCUGAGAAUGAGCCCAGUGGCAUUCCAGACGGCGUGUGGGCCAGGAGCAUUUCUGCCACUGAAAUUGAAGUGAGCUGGCACAUUCUCAGCGCUUCCCCAGAAAGAGUGUUGGGCUAUGAGGUGGUGUACUGGGAGGAUGAUACAAAACCAGAGACCAUGGGCAAAGUCAGAGUGUCUGCCAAUCAGAACAAGGUUAACAUCAGUAAUCUGAGAGGAUACACUCAGUAUUUCCUGACAGUGAGCGCUUUCAACACGGCGGGCACUGGCCCUCUCUCUCCUACUAUCAAUGUGACCACCAAAAAGUCCCCACCCGGGCAGCCACCUUUGAACGUGGAGUGGAACCUGAUUGGCUCUAAGCUCACUGUUCAUUGGGAGCCUGUCAUUUCUCUGGAGAUGGAGUCAGAUGUUACUGGGUAUCAGGUGACUUACAGAAGGAACCGGCAUAAAGAAAUUAACUCAAUAACAACAAAUCUGACCUCAGUGGAGCUCACUCUACCUGCAGAUGAUGAUUACGUCAUUCAGAUACGAGCGCUGAGCGACGGAGGGGAAGGCAUACCGACCGAAUCCAUCAACAUACAUAAACUUAGUAUGAGUGUACGAGGGUCCAGAGCCUGGCGACCCAACACCAUCCCCGCCUCCUUGCUUUCUAUCAUCGCAUUAUCGACACUGCGACCGGCUUUGUGUUAACGGUCUGAAGGAUCGAACGUCCUCUGACCGGUUUGAUUGCCCCUGCUCUUUCUCGCAGUGGAACCGUUGAAGAAGUGCACUGAAACGCUUCUGAGGCAAGAUUAUCGAUCCAUCUCUCCGUAGUUAUCUGAGGCAAUACCCGGCGUUUGAGGAGCAUAACGGGAAAACGUCAGUGUGUACUGUGUAUCAUUGUCUCCUUGCAAGUGAUCCGAGACCCUAACAAGGUUUCAGCCGAAGGUUUUUGCAGCAUACUGGUGUACGAGGAGGGAUGAGUCAUAAUACUGCACUAAGAUUCCAUCUUCUCAUUGAUCCCUCAGAACAAAUGCCUUACUUCCAUGUACAUGCCAAAGUAGUUAACAUCUUUUAGUAGUUAGCAAGCUUCUGUUUGUUAAAAUUGUGAUUGUUUUGUAAUUAUCACAUCAUUAAUUGAAGGAUUAGUUGACCCAAAAAUCAUUUACUCACUCUCAUGUUGUUGCCGUGUGACUUUCGUUUUUCUGUGGGUGCUGGGCGCUCAUUCCCAUGAAAUUAUAAUGAAUGGAGACAUAAAAACUCCAUAAAAAUCUUAAAAGUGGUCCAUACAACUUGCAUGCUAUAUGGCAACCCUUUCAAAGUCACACAAGAAAUUUCCAUGUGAAACAAGACAAAAUGUAAGUUAUCAUUCACUACACUAUUUAAAAUAAAGGUUCCAAAAAGUUCUAGUUCCGGCAGAAGAGUGACUUCUGACCCGCCGCAGGCCAUAUUGACGAACGCGGAGGCGCAGAGGAUAGAACAAAACAAAAUACCAGUCAGGAAUUAGAAGUCUAAAAUGAGAAAUGUUGGAGGAUUUCAAUAUAAGAGAAGAGGAGAUGUGUUUGUUGCACAGCCCUAUUUGUUUAAACCGCGAGAGGCGUCUAAGCUUACGCUACUCCUACAUCCUAUGUCAUACGUCAGGUCAGAGGUCACUCUUCCGCCAGAACUCGACUUGUGUACAGCCGUUGAUGGAAGCCAGUUAUUAUAGUUAAUAAAGUUUUAAAUAUGGAUAUUUCUCUUACAAAAACCCAUCGCUUCCUUUCAGAAGGCCUGUAUUAAACCCUUGGAGCCUUGUGGGUUACUUUUAAGAUGGAUGGAUUCACUUUUUUUGGGCUUCAAAAUCAUAUUUUGGGCUUCAAAGGAUAUUUUUUAAAUAUAUCUCCGAUGUGUUCAUCUGAAAGAAGAUAACAUUAUAUACACCUAGGAUGGCUUGAGGCUGAGUAAAUCGUGGGAUAAUUUUCAUUUUUGGGUGAACUAUCCCUUUAAAUAACAUCUUAUGUUACAGUAUUAAACAGAGCAGCCAGUAUAUUCUUUAAAAAUUCAUCUUUUAUGUUCCACAGAAGAAAGUAAGUCAUUUGGAACAACAUAAGAGCGAGUAAAUGACGACAGAAGGCGUGAACGGUCCCUUUAAGCUGCUGUUUGUUAUACUCGUGAUUGUUUUGUACUCACAUCAUUAAUUAAUAUUUAGCCUUUGCUUACCAGUUCAGUUAUUUGUUCAAGAGUUGUCUCUGUGCCUUAUCUAUGUUUUAGCACACACACAAGGCUUGUAUUUGUUUGCUCCAGGCACCAUGUUGCAGCUACAAGCCUCUGGUAUUCUUGUCACAAUAUUGUCACAGUGCUACAGUCACAGGUUUUGUGAUAUUUGAUCUGAUUUGAUCUGCGUUAACACUAGGAGAGGUUAUGGGUACAUUUGUCUACACUCACAACAAUAUAGUAAUUAUAUCAUAAGAUAAUGAAUUGAGGGAACUUAAUGGGCUUUUAUAAAUAUGCCAGAGAUGUUCAAAAUUUUAUUAAGCCUUUAGACACUUAAGACUUAAAUGCAGUCAUAAUGAUUUGGUUCAAUCAAGAAACACCAUCAUUUUUUAUUAUCAGAAAUGCACUUUUAGUAAUAGGUGUGUGAAAAUGUAAUUCUGAGAUGAGCAAUUAAUUAUUACAUUAUUACAAUAUGAGCGUUAUUAGAGUUUCUUUCCACACUAACAGACAUUCUGGAGUGAUAAAGCCACAUUUCAACAACCCAUUUUUCACUAUUAUAACUUUAUCAUCCCUUGUAAAAAAAAAAAAAGAAGUAGACUUAAUUGUAUUGAAUAUGCUUUUGUAGUGUACUUCAGAGUAUAUUAAAAAAAAAAAAAAAACUGUACUUUAGUAAUAAUGAUAUUAUAAUAUUAUAAUAAUAAUGAAAUUAAAGGCCACUUAAGUGUACUUUAAGGAUAGUUCACCCAAAAAUGAUUUACUCACCCUCAGGUUAUUCCAAACCUGUAUGAGUUUUUUUCUUCUGCUGAACACAAAAGAAGAUUUAUUGAAGAAUGUCGGUGACCAAACAGUUGAUGGUCCCCACUGACUUCCAUGUGUUUUUUCCCCCCCAUACUAUAGAAGUCAAUGAAGUCCAUCAACUGUUUGGUUACCGACAUUCUUUGGUGUUCAACAGAAGAAAAAAAAAUUGCCCUUCUGAAACCUAAAAUAACAAAUGGGACACCCUACGGUCUCAUGGACUUCACAAUCACACGUAUGUGGUGGCCAUUUUAACUUUAAAGUGUAUUUUAACUGUUUAAAUAAUAUUUUGUCGUGCUUUAAAGAAGUACACUUAUUUUGAUGUGUUGACUAACAUACUAAAGCGCAUGUAAAGUACUUGAUUAUCAUUUUAACUGUAGUGUGUUGUUCAAUAUUACACUUAAAGGUAAUAUAUUUUAAAUGUACUAAAUUGCAACUUCAUCAUUACAAAUAUGUGUUUACAAAUAUAUUUAAAUACAUGACAUACAAGUUUCAAUAGAAAUGACAUUAAAAUAUAUUUUAAUUUAUCAUAAAUGCUUGUCAGUUCAGUCGGCAGUACACUUUAACUAUAUUUCAAGACAACAGAAGUAAUUGUGAAAUAUCAUUUUAAAGUAUAUUAUUUCCAUAAUAAUUAGUCUUUUUUUAAAAGCAUGCUUAAAGGGAUAGUUCACCCAAAAAUGAAAAUUCUGUCAUCAUUUACUCACCCUCAAGUUGUUCCAAAUCUGUAUAAAUUUCUUUGUUCUGCUGAACACAAAAGAAGAUAUUUUGUUUGUAACCAGGCCGCUUUGGGGCACCAAGGACUUACAUAGUAGGGGGAAAAAAAAUACUAUGGAAGUCAGUGGUGCCCCAAAACUGUUCAGUUUCCCACAUUCUUCAAAAUAUCUUCCUUUGUGUUCAACAGAACAAAGAAAUUAAUACAGGUUUGGAACAACUUUUUGGGUGAACUAUCCCUUUAACUUAAGUGUACUUCUUUUCCACAAGGGAUAACUCAAGUAUUAUACAUUUUGUCGUGCCAUUUUUAAAAAAUAUAUAUAUUGGUAACACUUUACAAUAAGGUUCAUUUGUUAACAUUAGUUAAUGUAUUAACUAACAUGAUCUAACAAUGAGCAAUACAUUUGUUACACUAUUUAUUAAUCUUUGUUAAUGUUAGUUAAUAAAAACACAAAUGUUCAUAGAUUGUUCAUGUUAGCUCACAGUGCGUUAACAAAUACAACUUUUGAUUUUAAUAAUAUAUUAGUACAUGAUAAAAUUAACAUUACAAGGUUAGUUCACCCAAAAAUGAAAAUUCUGUCAUUAAUUACUCACCCUUCGUUGAUCUUCGCAACACAAAUUAAGAUAUUUUUGUUUAAAUCCGAUGGC